AGAGUUUUUAACCGACCAUGACUUUCCAAAUGAACUGAUCACAACACAUGUUGGCAUAGCUCAUACACGAUGGGCAACGCAUGGUGAACCAAAUGAAGUUAAUGCUCAUCCACAACGUUCUGGUCCUGAUAAUGGAUUUGUUGUAGUACACAAUGGUAUAAUAACCAAUCAUAUAGAUUUAAGAGCAUUGCUAAGUCGUCGCGGUUAUGUAUUCGAAUCGGAAACAGAUACAGAAGUGAUUCCGAAAUUUAUGCAAAUGAUUUAUGAUUCACAUAAAGACAAUCCAAUUACAUUUUUAGAAGUUGUUGAAUUAGUUGCUCAACAAUUGGAAGGAUCAUUUGCAUUGGCAUGUAAAAGUUAUUAUUAUCCUGGUGAAUGUGUUGUAGCAAGGCGUGGUUCACCAAUGUUAGUUGGCAUUAAAAGUCCACAUGAAUUGACUAUGAAUCAUAUACCGGUAUUUUAUAAACCGAAUAGUAUGUUCUA